AAUCAAUGAGCGUUUGGACUAUAGUAAAAAGCGAGAACUCAUUGAAUUUGUCACAUGUCAUGUACCUAUUGAGCUAUUAUAUUUAAACUUUAAAUUAAUUUUAAAUAAAUUCAUUUCAAUACACUUUUAUGUCCGAAUAAAUAAAUUGUUGAAGAUGGAAAAUUCUGAAUAUAUUUUACAACCGAUGAACUGUGAAACAAAUCUGUUAUCUAUGCCGGAUGGUUCUUCAAUAUUCAUAAAAGAUAAUACAUGCACAGUCACAGGAGUUUAUGGACCUAUCGAAGUUAAAUUACAGAAAUUAAUGCAUGAUAAAGCAAGUGUAGAGGUUAUAUUUACUCCGGUUAAAGGACCUCCAAGUAUUGACAAUAGAGUGAAAGAGCUAUAUAUUAAAGAAACAUUUGAAUCUACUCUUAUGGUAUCUCUUCAUCCUAGUACAUCCAUUUCAAUUAAUGUUCAAGAAAUGGAAGAUUCUGGUGGUUUACUUGCUUGUUCUAUCAAUUCAUCCUGUGUGGCUUUAAUUAAUUCUAAUCUACCUAUGAAAUUCACUGUAGCUGCUGUACAUUGUAUGAUAGAUAAAGAUUCCAGGAAUAUUAUUAUUGAUCCUAGUGAAGUACAACUUCAGAAUGCUAGAGCAACAUUCACCUUUGCUUUUGACAACAUAAAAAAGAAUUGUAUUAGUUGUUAUACAACAGGAAGGUUCAAUGAUGAAGAAUUAAUCGAAUCUUUAAAAAAAUGUCGUGAUGCAAGUCAAUGUGUAUUUGACUUUUACAGAGAAAUUGUAAAAAAAUACGCUCAUGUUAUCACAUGAUAAUACGUUAUAUAUUGAAAAUAUAAUAUUUUUUUAACUCUCUUUUUGUAAUUACUGUAA